CAUUCGUCACCACCGCAAUGCGACCAUGAAGCCGCGUCUAUUCUCAACAUUGCGCCGCCUGCAGCAUGAGAACCCCCUGGGGCUCCCACGCUCUGGCGCGCCGCCGCAGCUGCCUCGCAUGCAGCGCGGCCUGCCGCAAAAGCGAAGCAUCAAAGACGUGAAGAAGGUCAUUGCCGUCUCUUCCGCCAAGGGAGGAGUCGGGAAGAGCACCAUUGCAGUAAAUCUGGCCCUCAGCUUCGCGCGCAGCGGGUACAGAGCUGGCGUCCUCGACACUGACAUCUUCGGCCCGUCGAUACCCACCUUGUUGAAUCUCUCCGGCGAACCCAGACUCUCAGCCAAUAACCAACUCAUACCGCUGUCCAAUUAUGGCCUCAAGAGCAUGUCUAUGGGCUACCUGGUCCCAGAAUCCUCGCCGGUAGCAUGGCGUGGGCUCAUGGUAAUGAAAGCCUUGCAGCAGCUCCUCCACGAGGUUGAGUGGGGUGGCCUUGACGUUCUCGUCCUCGAUCUACCGCCUGGGACCGGCGAUGUGCAGUUGACAAUUACCCAACAGCUCAUUCUUGAUGGCGCCAUCAUCGUAUCCACUCCUCAGGAUCUUGCCCUCAAAGAUGCUGUCAAAGGCGUCGAGCUCUUCCGCAAAGUGAACACAAAUAUCCUCGGGCUUGUGUGUAACAUGAGCGGCUUCCAGUGUCCUGGUUGCGGGGAGACGCAUAACGUGUUCGGAGAUAUGAACAGAUUAAGAGACAUGUGCCGCACGUACGACAUGAGGCUACUGGGUGAGCUUCCGCUGCAUGCUGCUAUGGGUGCUGGGGCUGAAGGGGGGAAGCCUACCGUGGUCGCGGAACCAGACAGUUCCAGAGCGCACAUUUUUGCAGCCAUGGCGAACGAAGUGGCCCGGAUCAUAGACUUAGGAAAGUGAUCAGCGAAACAUUCACAUGCCAGAAAAACAGUCAAUCAGCUCAUCUGUUUGAUUGAACUUCUGGCAAGACUCGUUUGUCGCUCGAUUUCACGAUCGCGUGUCAUCGCGUGGGUGUGGAUGCACCACCGAGACGAACGGGAAAUUUUCACCCCUCGUCCAAUGAGAACAUUAAGUCCAGUAAAAUCUACCAAAAGCCUGGAUCGCAUGGGACACUCUACGGACAUCUCGAGUGUUCUCACCCAACUACGCAUGUGGCUCGGCCCGAGCAACGACAGCCUAGUCACAGCGCUAGUCAUACUUGAUGAUGUCCAAGUUGGCGACCGCGAGAUUUCACUCCAGACCACAAGAUCAACCCCUAUCGCAAAUACGUUUCAAUAAACGUUUCAUGGCAGAUGACAUCGUUC